AGUUAAUUAUGAUCACUUAGGCUAACAAACUCAAACACUCACAGCCACCCAACGGAACUUAGAUAAAUACAUAAAAAGCUUUCAUACUGCCUUACCUGUAUUUCCAAGUUACUUUCAUCCAACUCCCUUGCCCAGGAAAAGAAGAGAAAAAUGGCUGGAGCUUUGAUCGGAGGGGCCUUUAUUUCUGCUUCCAUCCAGGUGAUUUGUGACAGAAUUGCUUCACCCGAGUUCGUCGACUUAUUUCGGCACAAGAAACUGGAUCAACCUCUCCUCAUGGAACUGAAGACGACGCUGUUGACCUUGAACGCAGUGCUCGAUGAUGCAGAGGAGAAGCAAAUUGAGAAACCAAAUGUGAGAGAGUGGCUUGACGAGCUCAAACAUGCUGUCUUUGAUGCCGAGGACUUGCUGGAUGAGAUCAACUAUGAAGCUUUGCGACGCAAGCUGGAAGGUGAUGCUCAAAACGGCAAUUUCACAAGUAAGAUGUCUACCUUCCUCCCCACUUCUCGUAAUAAAUUUUAUCGAAGGAUGAAUGCUAAGAUACAAGAGUUGUUACAAAGAUUAGAACAUUUUGUACAACAGAAAGUUGCUCUCGGUCUGAGAGAAGAUGUUGGGAGAAAGGUUUCACAAAGAACUCCAACAACUUCCUUGGUUCAUGAACCUUGUGUAUAUGGGAGAGAUGAAGCCAAACAAAAUUUAUUAGAAGUGUUAUUCGAUGAUGCAAGCGAGGAAAAUGUGUCUGUCAUCCCCAUUGUUGGAAUGGGUGGGGUUGGCAAGACAACCCUUGCUCGAAUGCUUUACAAUGACAAUAAGGUGAAAGAGCAUUUUACCCUUAAGGCUUGGGCUUGUGUUUCAGAAGAUUAUGAUGCUAUCAGGGUAACUAAAACUCUUCUCGAGUCAGUGACUUCAAAACCUUGUAAAAAGACAGAUCUGAAUUUGCUUCAAGUUGAGCUAAGUGAAGAACUGAGGGGGAAGAAAUUUUUGUUUGUAUUGGAUGACCUUUGGAAUGAGAAAUAUACUGAUUGGAACUACCUCCAAACUCCUUUUACUUCAGGGGCGAGGGGAAGUAAAGUCCUCGUAACAACACGGAACAAAAAUAUAGCAUCUUUCAUGCAAAAUGUUCCUAUUCACACCUUGAAACCAUUGUCGCAUGAAGAUUGUUGGUUCUUACUUGCAAAACAUGCAAAUGUAAUCUCUAGUUCAGAUCCAAGCUUGGAAGAAAUCGGCAAGAAAAUUGCACGCAAGUGCAAUGGGUUGCCUUUAGCUGCGCAAACACUUGGGGGUGUGUUACGUUCGAGGCCAGACUCUGAGGUAUGGACCAGAGUACUAAACAGCAACAUUUGGGAGUUACCUUACGAGAAAAGUGACAUUCUUCCCGCUUUAGGAUUGAGUUAUCAUUAUCUUCCAGCUAAGUUAAAGCGAUGCUUUAUUUAUUGUUCAAUUUUUCCAAAAGACUAUGUAUUCAAGGUAGAAAAUGUUGUUUUUCUUUGGAUGGCGGAAGGUUUAAUUCCCCAAGCGGAGAAUGGAGACAACAUGGAAGAGGUGGCUAAAGAAUAUUUUGAUGAAUUGUUAUCCCGAUCAUUGUUUCAAACGUCAGGGAAAUCAAGUUUCGUCAUGCAUGAUCUCAUCAAUGACUUGGCGGUGUUCAUGUCUAAAGGAUUUUGCUCCAGGUGGGAAGGGAGGGAAUCACAUGAAGUAGAAAGAGUUCGCCAUUUGUCUUAUGCCAAGGAGAAAUUAGAUGUUGCUGUUAAAUUUGAGCCAUUAAAAGGGGCUAAGUGUUUGCGUACCUUUCUAUCUAUCUCUUUAAAACCAUAUUAUAGGUACAUUAAUAUUGACAGUUAUUAUGUAAGUAAAAAGGUUCUGCAUAAUUUGUUGGCAUCACUAACAUGUUUACGGGUGUUGUCGUUGUCCUGUUAUGAGAAUGUCACUGAGUUACCUGAUUCCAUUAAAAAGCUCAUUCACUUGCGCUAUUUGGAUCUCUCCGAUACUGCAAUUGAAACGUUACCCAGUGUACUUUGCAGCCUCUACAAUUUGCAGACAUUAUUAUUGUCAACUUGUUCUCGUCUCGUUGAAUUACCUGCAGACUUGAGAAAAUUGAUAAAUUUACAGAAAUUAAUGUUGGGAGGUUGUACGUCUCUUACUAAAUUGCCUGUAGACAUGUGUGAAUUAAAUAAUUUGCAUCAUCUUGACUUCAGUGGAACUAAAAUUGUAGAGAUGCCAAGGCAAAUGAGUACAUUGAAAAGCUUGAGAACAUUGUCCGCUUUUACUGUGGGCAAAUCUACUGGGUCGACUAUUGGAGAAUUGGGGAAGCUUCCACAUCUUGGAGGAAAACUUUCAAUUUUGCAGCUACGAAAUAUAGUUGAUACUAGGGAUGCCUUGCAAGCAAAUUUGAAGGAUAAGAAAGAUCUCAAAGAGUUAGAGUUGGCAUGGGGUGAUGAGGAUGCGGAUGAUUCCCAAAGGGAGAAAGAUGUACUUGAGAAGCUCCAGCCUUGUGUGAAUCUGGAGAAACUAACCAUCAGUGGGUAUGGUGGAAAACAUUUCCCGAAUUGGCUAGGCGGCUCGUCCUUGUCCAACAUACAAGUCAUGUGUAUUAGUGAUUGUAGUAAUUGUUCGUCGCUGCCAUCGGUUGGGCGGCUACCUAACCUCAAAGAGCUUUGUAUAAGCCAAAUGAAACUUGUUAAGACGAUUGGUGUUGAGUUUUAUGGCAGCAAUGGAUCUUCUGUAAUUCAGCCAUUUAAAUCACUGGAGAAGCUGGAGUUUCAUUGGAUGGCAGAGUGGGAAGAAUGGGUACCAAGUGGAAGUGGAGGUGUAGACUUUCCUUGUCUCCAGGAGCUCAUACUACGGCGUUGUCCAAAGCUGAGAGGAAGCUUGCCUUGUGAUCUGCCUCGCUUGAAGAAGUUUAGAGUGGAAUGGUGCGGGGUUUUAUAUGAUCAAAGGGCCACUACUGCUACUAGUGUUAAAAUGGAUUACAAAUCUCUUGAAGAAUUGAGAACAGAAGGAGGAUUAUUUGACGGUGUGUUAUCAUUACUAGAAACAAAGCUCCUAUCCACACUUGAGAUUUGGAAUUUAAAUGACAUACAGUGCUUGCCAAACAUCAAUCGUCUUCAAAGUUUGAGACUAACUAAUUGUCCAACCCUGUCGUCGUUCCCUGAAGAUGGGCUACCCACUACGUUGACAUUACUUGUGAUAGACUUUUGUAGUAGAUUAGAAUUACCUCAUGAGAUGUUGGCCAAAUUAACAUCGCUCGGGCAUUUGGCGAUAUCCCAUAGCUGUGAUUCAAUGAGGUCCUUCCCGUUGGGCAUUUUUCCCAAAUUGACGUGGCUUUUCCUUUGCAAUUUUAAGAAUCUGGAAUCCCUUUCCUUGAUUGAAGGAGGAGGAGUUGAUGAGAAUCUCAGUCAUCUCAAUAUCACACGCUGUCCAAAUCUGGUGUGUUUUCCCCGGGGAGGAUUGCCCACUCCCAACCUGACUGAAUUGGAAUUCAUCGGUUGCAAGAAGUUGAAGUCAUUACCUGAACGCAUUCACACCCUCACAGCCCUUCGGGGAUUGAAGAUGGAUGAUCUUCCAAAUCUGGAGUCAAUUGCAGAAGAUGGGGGUUUGCCUCCCAACCUGACUGAAUUGGAAUUCAUCCGUUGCAAGAAGUUGAAGUCAUUACCUGAACGCAUUCACACCCUCACACGCCUUCGAUCUUUGAAAAUAAGGGAUCUUCCAAAUCUGGAGUCAAUUGCAGAAGAUGGGGGUUUGCCUCACAACCUCCGACAUUUUUGCAUUAAGAAUUGUGAGAGACUGAGGGCUUCAUCAGUGGCAGAGUACUGGGGUUUGCGAGGACUUGUCUCCCUUGAAGAAUUUGAAAUUGGUGGCAGGGGAAGUGACGAAAUCUUGGAGACGUUGCUCAAGCAACAGCUGCUCCCUAAAACUCUUCAACGCCUCGAGAUCAGUCGACUUUCAAGUCUGAAAUCUUUGGACGCAAAGGGACUUAAACACCUCACUUCUCUUUCGUUUCUGAGCAUCUCUAAUUGUUCUGCCCUGGAAAAAAGGUAUAAGAAGAAGACAGGAAAAGCUUGGGCCGACAUAUCUCACAUUCCAUGCAUCAAGAUAGGCAAAGAAGUGAUCAUAUGAUAUGAGCUCUCUCUCUCUCUCUCUGAAACACAUUCCUUGCAUCCGAUGUUUCACUCUCAACUCUCAAAUCAAACUCAGGACAGCAUACCCUCUCGUAGAGAGCUUUUCAUUUGCAAGGUUUCUUUGCGUGCCAUUUCCAGAUGAGGGGUUUGCCAUUGUAUAUAGCCUUACAAUUGUUACAACGAGGAGAAACAGAGAGGCUCGCCUGGAAUAUCUCAAUUUGACGCAUUUCUGCAUACAGGCAUCGAAUGUACAACAUUUUUAGUCUUUUUGCAGGACAGCAUACCAUGGAGAGCUUUACAUUUGCAAGGUUUCUUUACAUGGCAUUCCCAGAGCAGGGUUCACCAUUGUAUAUAGCCUUUUGUUUUUCUGCAAAAACAAUUGUCACAGCAAGGAGAAACAGAAAGGCCCACCUGGAAUAUCUCAAUUUGACGCAUUUCUGCAAACAGGCAUCGAAUGUACAUCAUUUUAGGAGUUAGCCGCACAGAAUGAAAAACUAUGUAUGCCAUCUUCUUUCAUACCAUUUUUCAAAAGUCCAUUCAUCCCAUUCUUCUUCAACAACGCAGGAAGUUAUACUAGUCGCAUGGUUCAAUGGAGACUCGAGAAACUUUCCCAUGUUUGGAGGUCAAAGCAACUCGUGUAGGCAACCAUGCAUGAUUUCAGAGUCGAAGCUGAUGCUGUAAUCAUAAAUUUCACCUUAGCUGCUUCACUGUAAAUGCCUUUCUGUGCUCGCUUCUUCUGAUCAAACGAAGCAGUUUCAUACAUUGCAUGCAUUGUUUCAUCAGCAUUUCAGAUGUAAAAUGGGCCUUGAAUUGUCUUCUAAGCCAAUGGAUUUUUCUAGAAUCUGAAGUGCAAUGGAAAAUUACUGAAUUGAUCCAUGCAAAGAGUAAACAUUUUUUCUGUUGGAUGCUGGAAGUGCCUCUUAUACUCUGCAAAGUUGCAAUAUUUGGUGUCAUCAAAUACUCUGCAAAGGGUUCAAGUUGACACCGGAGUUGAACAAGGAUUAGGUCAGCUGUAUAUUUCGCGGAACAGAUCAAGCGUAGUCAUACGUGGCAUGGGUCACUUUCAUCAUCAUUUCAGACGUAAAAUCAGCCUUCAACUGUCUACUGAGUCAAUAGACCUUUCUAGAUAUCUCUCAAGUGCAAUGGAAAAUUCAUGACUGACUUAAAGAUUCGCAAAGAGUUUUCUCUUCGAAAUGUGGACUGCAGAGAGAUUUGCUGAUGAUUGCAACACUUGCAAAGAUAUAGGGUGAAGGAAUCAGAGCUGACCGUGAGGGCCACUGAUGCGCAAUGUUAUUGCAACUGGCAACAUGGUCCGAAGUGGCAAUUUCAUUCUGAAGCAAAGCUCUAGUAAGGAAAUUGGUCAAGGUUGGGACAGGGAUGAUUGACGGUGAAAUGGGUGUUAAUUUUCUCGCAGCCCAUUCUCAAAGUUUUUAUUUGCAAAUGUAAGAGAUUGGAGUAUUUUUAUUGAAAGGAGAUGACAUGUUCUCAGAAUAGCCAAUCUAAGUUCCUCCAAGUUUUUUAUUUUUAUUUUUUCAAUUUAAGCAAUCUGUGGUCUUAGAUUGAUCUGGUGUUGCAAAUCAGUCCUGGUUUCUUUUCCAAAAUGUCAUCAAUUGGAACCUUGUAAUUGAGAGCAAUAUGCUAAAUGUUGUUGGAUUGGAUCUAUCCUCUUCAUUGUAAACCUAAUGUCUACGAGGCCUUCAAGGUGUUUAUGCCAAAGUUGAGAAUUUGUUA